CGUAAUAUCAAAUGUAAUCUCAAACAAAAGUAAAGACCGUCUCAAACAAUAGCAAUGAAUACAGCUACAUUUUUGCACUGGCACUCAUGUGCACAUCAGCUCUGUCCUUGCCAGAGAGAAGAACUCCUCAAAUACUGCAACACCAGUGGACAUGCACCAUUCUUGCUACACAUACACCACGACAGUUCCAUUCACUGGCAUCAUAAAUUGUCCACUUCAGACGACAUGUGGGCCUGAGCCAAUGUGUAUCAAAUUGAAUAAAGCUACACUGGAAGUGCCUUGUGCAAACUCCAGGUGCCCCAAGACUCCAACUGCCACAGUCACAGCAUGGGGAGUAUGUCCUACUUGCAGGAAAGGAUGCGGUACCGAUAUUAUCACGGAGACCGUAAAGACUGGAUGCCACCCAACAACAUUUUGCUGAAUUGAAAAAUAUGAGGGAGGGUGGAAAGAGCACUAGGUUUCAUUCCCGUUUGAUACUGGAAUUCUUGUUCGUGGCGACUUUGGAUUUGGAGGAAAACUUAGGAGCAAGACAAGAAGAUGACUUGUUGAUGAAGGCAGUUACAAAAAAAGUUAUUUCGUGAAGCUGAGAAAGAAUGUACAUGUCACUACAAAUCAUAAGUACUCGUGUUGGUAUUCAAGUUGAAGGCUGAAUUUCUUGCACGGAUAGGCACGUUCCAGUGCGGAGUGUCUCUGGACUGUAGCAGGUUGAGAGGCGUUUUUUGUGAUUGAUCCUGACUGAAGGACGUAAGAUCUUUGGGUGGUGAAUUCUGAGGUCGAAUGAGAUGGACCAAUGUACUGGAAUGAUGGUGGCGGUUGAGAAACUAGAGAGACAAUCAAGGCAGAC